CCAUUUUUUUUUUUUACAUAUAAAUUCUUUUUUUCUCAAAAAAGCCGCGCGUUAAAAAAUGUCCAAAUAGUUUUGCAUUAUCGCAUUAAUUUAUAAUGUAUUUAUUGAAUAUUUUAUGAAGAGUAAAAAAGAUUGAAUUGAAUAGUCUCCAUUUAAAGGAGUCAGAAUAAGUUGACUGUUUUUUCUAAUCGAUUUGUAUUAAAAAAAAUGUUUGGCACACUAAACAAUUACUUGUCCGGUGUUCAACGAGCAUGGUCUGUCCAGGAUGGCGACACAGUUGCCGGAUUUGUCUCUCUCAAAGACAAACACAUUAUGAAUAGAAAUCUAUAUCUCUUGGAACCGGAAAACUAUGUCGAGCGACAAUUGGAUCCACCAAUCGAUGAAGUUGUUGUAGCUCAUUUAAAAGUUCUCUAUUAUCUUAAUUCUGAAAGUCGUGACUAUAUGGAAGCAUACAAAAACCAAGUUCAAUGCAUUCAGAGUGUUGUCAAGAUGUUGCAACAAUUAAAAGAGGAGAACUGGUGUCUGCCAAUCAUGUACACCACUUGUCUGGAUCUGAGAGUCUUGGCACAACGAUGUGAAUUGAAUUGCAAAGUCUCACAACCUGGCGAGAUAUUGGAAAAGGCUGCCGAAAGCUUAAUGAGUUGCUUUCGUGUUUGUGCUGCCGAUAAUAGAUCUUCCGAUGAAGACACUAAGCGCUUAGGAAUGCUUAAUCUUGUCAACCAACUAUUCAAAGUCUACUUUCGAAUAAACAAGCUUCACCUGUGCAAACCGCUCAUCCGUGCCAUUGACAGUUCUGCCUUCAAGGACUCAUUUCCCCUCGCAGAACAAAUCACCUACAAGUAUUUUGUCGGUCGCAAAGCUAUGUUCGAUUCGGAUUGCAAGAGUGCCGAUGAGUUCCUCAGCUUUGCAUUUCAGAAAUGUCCACGAAAAUUCUACAAAAACAAACGACUGAUUCUCAUUUACCUAGCUCCUGUGAAGAUGCUUCUUGGUUAUAUGCCUAAAAAUCAAGUUCUUGAAAAGUACGAUGUAAUGCAAUUCCAUGAAUUGUCCAAUGCUAUCAAAGAGGGAAAUGUUCGGAAAUUUGAUGAAGCUAUUCAAAAACAUGAAUCGUUCUUUAUUAAAUGUGGAAUCUAUUUGCUAGUGGAGAAGUUGAAAUUUAUGGUUUAUCGGAAUCUUUUUAAGAAAGUCUAUCUCAUCAAAGGCACACAUCAAUUGGAUUUGGAGAGUUUUCGUUCAGCGUUGACAUUUGUUGGAGAGAAUGAUAUGUCGAUGGAUGAGACACAUUGUAUUGUGGCGAAUUUAAUAUUUGAAGGCAAAAUCAAAGGUUAUAUAUCACAUAGUCAUAAUAAAUUGGUUGUGUCUAAGCAGAAUCCAUUUCCAGCGCUCAAUACUGUUUCAUAGUAAAUGGAGAUGUUGCAUUUUAAAUAAAAAUUUUAAACCAAAACUAAA